AUGGAGCAAGAUGAUUUGAACUUACGGGUUUGGGAAACUGUAGGCGAUGUUGUUGAGGGUGCAGAGAGGAAGGAGUUAGGGUUACAGGCGCUCGAUGGAAGUGCAGGAGCUAAAAACAAAAUCUUCGAUUUUGAUGACGAUAAAAGUAAGGAUUUGUUGCGUUGGAUAAAAACUGAUGUGGAGUCGAGACAUGACGCUGCUGGUGGUAGUGGAAGUCGUGGCGUGGAAGUGGAUGCUAACGUGGAAGUGGAUGUUAAUUUGAAUUUAGGGUUAGGUGGCGAGCCUUCAUCUUCAUCAACAACAGCAGUUGCUACUGAGAGAGACAAUGGUGACCGUGAUAUGCAGAAUAAACGUCCCAAAGUUCAUUCUUUUUCUCUGGAUUGGGGUACUAAUUUCGAAAGUGAAAUUCACUACUUCACUCGUGUGCAUGAGGAAGUUGGAGAUGCGGAUAUGCCUGAUGUUGUUGGAGAUGGUGCUAGAAGUGAUUUAUUAGAAGUUCGGAUGGAUCUUACCGAUGACUUGUUACAUAUGGUUCUCUCUUUCUUGGACCAUAUUGAUCUUUCCAGUGCAGCAAGGGUUUGUAGGCAGUGGAGGGAUGCAAGUUCUCACGAAGAUUUCUGGCGUUAUUUGAAUUUCGAGAAUCGAGCCAUAACUGCUGAACAAUUUGAGGACAUGUGUCAACGAUAUCCGAAUGCUACUGCAGUAAACCUGUACGGUACUCCUGCUAUCCAUCCACUCGGGAUGGAAGCAAUCUCGUCUUUAAGAAAUCUGGAGGCUUUAACUUUAGGCAAAGGCCAGCUGAGCGAGACUUUUUUCGAAGCGAUAACCGAGUGCCACACGCUGAGGAGUUUAACUGUCAAUGAUGCUACUUUGGGCAAUGGCAUUCAGGAAAUAUCCAUUUAUCAUGAUCGAUUGCGCGAUGUUCAGAUAGUUAAAUGUCGCGUGAUCCGAGUUUCCAUCAGGUGCCCUCAGCUCGAGACUUUGUCUCUGAAGCGGAGUAGUAUGCCACAUGCUGUUCUGCACUGCCCUCUAUUACGGGAGCUCGACAUAGCUUCUUGUCACAAGCUUUCAGAUGCUGCAAUCCGUUCAGCUACAACAUCAUGCCCACUCUUGGAAUCGUUGGACAUGUCAAAUUGUUCGUGUGUCAGUGAUCAGACGCUACAAGAAAUAUCUGCGUCUUGCGGAAAUCUCCGUGUUCUUGAUGCCUCAUACUGCCCAAACAUUGCAUUUGAAUCCGUGCGACUUCAAAUGUUGACAGUUCUCAAGCUUCAUAGCUGCGAGGGUAUUACAUCAGCGUCAAUCGCUGCUAUAGCUAAUAGUUCCAUGCUAGAGGUUCUUGAGCUUGAUAAUUGCAGUUUAUUGACAUCAGUGUCUCUGGAUCUUCUGCGCCUGCAGAACAUAAGGCUUGUACACUGUCGCAAAUUGACUGAUUUGAUCUUAAGAAGCAGUGUGCUAUCAUCAGUUACAAUUUCUAAUUGCCCUUCUCUCCAGAGAAUCAGUAUUACAUCAAAUGCCCUUAAAAAGCUAGUUUUGCAAAAGCAAGAAAGCUUGACCACAUUAGCAUUGCAAUGCCAUUUAUUGCAAGAAGUAGACCUUACAGAAUGUGAAUCUUUGACAAAUUCCAUUUGCGAAGUUUUUCGUAGUGAUGGAGGCUGUCCUAUAUUGCGAACAUUGGUUCUUGAUAGCUGUGAGAGCUUGACGGCAGUGAGUUUCUGCAGCACUUCGUUAGUCAGUCUUUCACUCGGUGGUUGCCGUGCAGUAACUUCUCUUGAUCUGAGUUGCCCUUAUCUAGAUCAUGUCUCUUUAGAUGGAUGUGAUCAUCUCGAGAAAGCAAGAUUCUCACCUGUUGGUCUGAGUUCCUUAAACUUGGGUAUAUGUCCCAAAUUAAAUGUACUCCAUAUUGAAGCUCCACAGAUGGUUUCACUCGAAUUGAAGGGAUGUGGUGUCUUAUCUGAGGCAUUCAUUGAUUGCCCACUUCUGACUUCUCUUGAUGCAUCUUUUUGCAGCCAACUUAAGGAUGAGUGUUUGUCUGCCACAACAUCAUCGUGUCCGCUUAUUGAAUCAUUGGUAUUAAUGUCGUGCCCCUCUGUUGGACCCGACGGACUUUCAUCUUUGCACUGCCUUCAAAGCUUGACCUACCUCGAUCUUUCAUACACCUUUCUGGUCAAUUUGCAACCGGUUUUUGACUCGUGUUUGUAUCUCAAGGUUCUAAAAUUGCAAGCAUGCAAAUAUCUUAGUGAUGCUUCAUUGGAGCCUCUCUACAAAGGCAAUGCUCUACCGGCUCUCACUGAACUGGACUUGUCAUACGGGACCCUCUGCCAGUCGGCAAUAGAGGAGCUUCUUGCUUGCUGCAGACAUUUAACGCACGUCAGCUUAAAUGGAUGUAUCAACAUGCACGACUUGGAUUGGGGCUCUCCAAUCGACGAUAGGCUCUUUGCAAUGAGCACUUUUCACGAGGCGUUUGACUCUCCUAUGGAAAAAGUCAACGAGCCCGUACAAUAUCAGGAUGACCGUUUGCUGCAGAAUCUCAACUGUGUUGGUUGUCCGAAUAUCAGAAAGGUGGUUAUUCCUCCUUCAGCUGGAUGCUUCCACCUUUCUUCGUUGAACCUCUCUCUGUCUUCAAACCUCAAGGAAGUCGACAUUUCGUGUUGCAAUUUGUAUCUUCUGAAUUUGAGCAAUUGCUACUCCUUGGAAAUUUUGAAACUCGACUGUCCAAAGUUGACCAGUCUUUUUCUUCAGUCUUGUAAUAUGAACGAGGAAGCAGUGGAAGGUGCGAUAAUGCAAUGUAACAUGCUCGAGACGCUUGAUGUUCGUUUUUGUCCAAAGAUAUCUCCAUUGAGUAUGGUGAUGUUACGCACAGCUUGCCCGAGUUUGAAGCGCAUUUUCAGCAGCCUAGUCCCCAACAUGAUUUCAUCAUCAACUUCGUAAACCAACGAUUCUCCAUAUAUCUCCUGUAGAUAGAUAAAUGAAUUAUUUUAUUUCGAGUACUACAACUUAAAAUAGGUUUAAUCAGAUUUUAAGAGUAAUAUAGUAAAUUAUAAUCACCUGUAUUCUCCUUUGUUGUCUUGUUAUUCAUUUCUUGACUGGUUUAACUGACUGUUGGCAACAUAUACUUUUGUUGAUUUAACCUUUUUUUUUUUUUUUUUAUCGAGGUUAUUCUUAAUCUCGGUUAUCGGUGGGUAUUUAUGUAUGUAUGUGGCCGGAUUAUAUAUCCCGAAUCUGCUAUUUAAAUAUGGAUUUUAUUUGAAUAUUGCCA